UUGUAUGCAAAGCAUAUAUCUUAUACCUACAUACGUAAUUAAGUAACUCGAAUGAAUAUAAUCGUCAAAAAAUCUUCCAGUAAAAAUUAUCGCUCUUAAGUUUGCUUUUAGUUGAGAUUAACACGUUGAGUGUGUUAAACGGUGUAUACAAAUACUUCUCGUCGACAAUUUUUAUAUUGGAGUUCUUUAGUUUAACUAUUCAGGAAUGGAAACUACAAAUUAUUAUUUAAACGAUCUUCAUAAGGAUACGUCUCUUAUUUUUUUUGUGAAUGGAAAAAAGAUUGUGGAUUUGAAUCCUGAUCCGGAAUGUACUUUGCUGAGUUACUUAAGAGAAAAACUUCACUUAUGUGGAACAAAAUUAGGCUGCGGUGAAGGUGGAUGUGGUGCUUGCACUGUAAUGAUAUCUAAAAUCAAUCACAAGACAAAGACCAUUAAACAUGUAUCUGCCAAUGCAUGUCUGACACCUGUGUGCUCAAUGCAUGGCCAGUCUGUAACGACGGUUGAAGGAAUUGGAAGUACUCGAACUCGUCUUCACCCGGUUCAGGAGCGAAUAGCUAAAUCUCAUGGAUCACAAUGUGGAUUUUGUACGCCAGGAAUUGUGAUGUCAAUGUAUGCUCUUCUCAGAAACUCCCCUCAACCAAAAAUGCAUGACUUAGAAAUUGCAUUUCAAGGAAACCUAUGUCGCUGUACUGGUUACCGGCCAAUUCUUGAAGGAUAUAAAACUUUUACUCAAGAACUUGCAUGUGGCAUGGGUGAAAAAUGUUGUAAGAUUAACGAAAAAAAGCCUGACAAAGUAUCCGAUGAAACCAAUAAAGACAGUCUUAUUAUGAAGUCAGAAUUUGAACCUUAUGAUGCAAGUCAGGAGCCAAUUUUUCCGUCUGAACUUCAGUUGACCGACAAAUAUGACAAACAAAGUAUAUACUUUAAAAGUAACAGAACUGAAUGGUAUCGCCCCACUUGCCUAAAAGACUUACUUGCAAUUAAAUCAAACCAUCCAGAUGCUAAGAUCGUCGUAGGUAAUACAGAAAUAGGAAUAGAAAUCAAAAUAAAAAAAUGUCUUUAUCCUGUUAUGAUUCAUCCCUUGGAGAUUCCAGAAAUGAUUAAGAUAGAAGAAACCUCUUCUGGAAUGUAUUUUGGGGCAGCUGUCAGUAUUGCAGAUAUUGAAGAUACUCUUAGAGAGCAAAUUGCAUCUAAGCCAGAGGUAGAAACAAGAUUUUAUAAAUGUGCACUCGAAAUUUUUCAAUAUUUUGCGGGAAAGCAAAUUCGGAAUGUAGCAUCAUUGGGAGGUAAUAUUAUGACAUCGAGCCCAAUAUCUGAUAUGAACCCUGUAUUGGCUGCUGGUGAGGUUACACUUACUGUUUGUAGCUUAAAUGAGGGUAUUUUGAGAACCAGAAAUAUUAAAAUGGGACAUGGUUUCUUUACGGGUUACCGACGAAACAAAAUUGAGCAAUAUGAAACUUUGGUAGGCAUUCUAUUCCCAAAAACAACGAAAAAUCAAUUCAUAAAAUCAUUCAAGCAGGCCAAAAGGAGAGAAGAUGAUAUUGCGAUCGUAAAUGCAACAAUUAACGUCAGUUUUAAGUCAAAUAAUAUUAUUGAAAACAUACAUUUGGCAUUUGGUGGCAUGUCUGCAACAACUGUUCUUGCUCCAAGGACUUCAGAAGCUUUAAAAAACACAAAAUGGGAUCAAUCGUUAAUAGAUACAGCUAUAAGAUCACUUUGUGAUGAAUUGCCGUUGUCAUCUGAUGCUCCGGGUGGUAUGGUCUCUUACAGACGGUCGUUAGUCAUAAGCCUAUUUUUCAAAGCCUUUUUAUUCAUAGCUAAUGAGCUUAUUAGAUAUGACAUGAUAAAAAACUUUAUUUCCAAUGAAGAAAAAAGCGGAUCAGAAAUUUUUAAGACACUUCCAUUAAAAAGCACUCAACUUUUCGAAAAAGUAUCACCUCUACAACCUAAAACUGACCCAAUAGGUCGUCCAAAAGUACAUGCAUCGGCCUUAAAACAAGCAACAGGAGAAGCUAUUUACUGUGAUGAUAUUCCAAAGAUGGAUAAUGAGCUUUAUUUGGCUUUAGUGUUAAGUACAAGAGCUCAUGCAGAAAUAAUAAGUAUCGAUGCAUCAAGUGCUUUGAACUUAGAAGGGGUUCAUGCUUUUUACAGCAGCAAGGAUCUAACUGAGGAAGAAAAUUCUGUGGGAGCAGUCUUUCACGAUGAGCAAGUAUUUGCAUCCAAGGUCACUUGUCAAGGUCUUAUAAUUGGAGUUAUUGUAGGUGAUAACCAAACCAUAGCGCAAAGAGGUGCAUCGCUUGUCAAAAUAGAAUACAGAGAUAUUUUACCAACUGUCAUUACUAUAGAAGAUGCUAUAGCGACCAACUCUUACUUCCCCAACUACCCUAAAAUCAUAACUCAGGGAGAUGUAGAAGAAGCAUUUGAAAAAGCUGAUUUUAUAGUUGAAGGAACCUGCCGGAUGGGUGGCCAAGAACAUUUUUAUUUAGAAACUAAUGCUGCAUUAGCUGUGCCACGCGAUAGUGACGAAAUAGAACUUUUUAGUUCAACUCAGCAUCCGGCGGAAGUUCAAAGAUUAGUAGCUCAUGCGCUGUCCAUACCAGUGUCGCACGUUGUGUGUAGAGCAAAACGGCUUGGUGGAGGGUUUGGCGGAAAGGAAUCUCGUGCAUUUAUAAUAGCUAUCCCGGCUGCAUUUGCGGCAUAUAAGCUACAGAGACCAGUAAGGAUUAUGUUAAAUAGAGACGAAGACAUGAUGAUAACAGGAACGCGGCACCCAUUUUUAUUUAAUUACAAAACAUGUUGUUUAAAUGACGGCACUAUAACAGGUUGUCAGAUAGAAUGUUAUGCGAAUGGAGGGCAUUCAAUGGAUUUAUCAUUUUCGGUCUUAGACAGAGCGAUGUAUCACUUUGAGAACUGUUACAACAUUCCCAACGUUAAGGUCUCAGGCUGGGUUUGUAAAACAAACUUACCAUCGAACACAGCUUUUAGAGGCUUUGGUGGUCCACAGGGUAUGUUUGCAGGAGAGCAUAUUAUUCGAGAUGUAGCAAGGGUCACUGGCAGAGAUUACACUGAAGUAAUGGCAUUGAAUUUUUAUAAAAAUGGUGACAGGACAUUUUACAAGCAAAAAUUGGAACUCUGUCCAAUUAACAGAUGUUUUAAGGAAUGUCUUGCUCAAUCAAACUUCUUCAAAAAACGAGAAGAAAUCAAAAUUUUUAACAAACAACAUCGGUGGCGUAAACGAGGUAUCGCCAUAGUGCCUACAAAAUAUGGUAUUGCAUUCGGAGUUCCACAUUUAAAUCAAGCUGGUGCACUGAUCAACAUCUACUUAGAUGGUUCUGUUCUCAUUUCUCAUGGUGGAAUCGAAAUAGGUCAAGGCUUACAUACAAAAAUGAUACAAGUUGCUUCCAGAGCUUUAGGAGUCCCAUCUGAACUUAUUCACAUAUCUGAAUCGUCUACAGAUAAAGUGCCAAAUACUUCACCCACAGCAGCUAGUUGUGGGUCAGAUUUAAAUGGAAUGGCUGUUUUAGAAGCAUGUGAAAAAAUUAACGCUCGUCUCAAAUAUUAUAAGGAUCAAUUCCCAGAAUUAACUUGGAAAGAAUGGAUUAAUAAAGCAUAUUUCGAUCGUGUUGGGCUUUCGGCAACAGGUUUUUACAAAACUCCUGGACUUGGAGUUGACCCAGUGACGGGGGAAACCAAAAUAUUUAACUACUUUACUAAUGGUGUAGGUGUAUCUAUUGUCGAAAUAGACUGUUUAACUGGUGAUCAUUUGGUUAUACAAACCGACAUUGUAAUGGACAUAGGAUCCAGUAUAAAUCCAGCUAUCGAUAUUGGGCAAAUUGAAGGAGCGUUUAUACAAGGCUAUGGGCUUUUUACCAUGGAAGAGCUUAUUUAUUCCCCAAAUGGAAUGCUAUUCUCAAGGGGGCCUGGAAUGUAUAAAUUACCUGGAUUUGGUGAUAUUCCAGGAGAAAUGAACGUUAGUUUGUUAACAGGUGCUCCAAAUCCAAGAGCUGUUUACUCCUCAAAAGUGAGUUUAAAUUUCUCAAAGACAUCAUUGUUGAUUAUGAUUAGAAUUAGACCGAGAGCCGGCAGCAUAUUUUGGCAGUUUUGAUAUAACCGAAAUUCGAGUGUGCACAUAUCUAGAUAUGCACCACAGUAUGUCAAAGGAAAAAGUCUGGCAGUGAUCUUUUUCAGCUUUCCCUUGCCAGACGCAUCCAAAGUGCAGCAAAAAAUCAACUUUUGGCGUUUUGGUAUAACCGAAUAAAUGAUACACCAAAAAAUCAUAAAAAAUCCCCUGAUUUCGAAACUGGGUACCGCAAGUUUCUUUUUCAGCUUUCCCCCCGCCAGACCGCCUUAAAGCAUUUUAAGUGCAUUUUUCUAAUAAAAAACAAUUUAGGAACUAUUUGGAAAGUAAUAAUUUAAUAAUGAAACAAUAGUCGGGUUUUCGAAAUGGUUAUUCGUGUGAAACUGCUUUGAAUUUUGUGAUAGAGGGUUGGAAGAAUGAAAUGGACAGCAAAAAUUUUGUCAUUGCCGUUUUCUUGGAUUUCAAGAGAGCUUUUGAGACUGUAGACCGCGGGAUACUUCUUAAAAAGCUCUCCAAAUAUGGAAUCAACACAACGUACCUUAGUAAACAAUAAUGUAUCUAGUGCGAAUGAAGUUAAAACAGGUGUGCCUCAGGGUUCGGUGAUGGGAGUUUUACUGUUCUUUUUAUACAUAAAUGAUAUAAAUUUGGCUGUUAAAAAUUGUAGAUUGUGUAUGUUUGCGGAUGAUACCCUUCUUUUUAUUUCGGGAAAAUGUAUGAGAGAAUGUACUGAAAAAAUCAAUAUGGACUUACAAUUCAUAAGUGAAUGGCUAGUUAUUAAUAAAUUAAAGCUUAAUAUAAAGAAAACCAAGUAUAUGUGUAUAAAUAGUAUGGAACAGAAUGUUGUGCAAAUAAAUGGAGAGAAUAUUGAACGUGUGAAUGAGUUUAAGUAUUUAGGAGUAGUUAUUGAUGAUAAAAUUUCUGUCUGUUCUUUCCAAGAAAAAUUCAAUUUUAUGUGAGAUUCCAUUUCCCACAAAAGAUCAAUUAUUUUAAUCUUAGAUCAAAAAAUACUGGGAAAUACUGGUAUCUCAUAUUCUUUUUGCCAAAAGAGAUCGUUUUCAUCCAGAUUUAAAGCUAAAGGCCCAACUUUAAUAGGCGGACGGGAACGGAAGCUACUGUCAAAACCGAACGAAACGAUUCUUUUCUACUGUCAAACCCCGCGUUCAACGCAGGCCACCUGAACUUACGAUCUGAAUUUUCAGAGGCUCUGAUUGGUCAGAUGUCAUAAAAAGUUAAGUGGCAUUUAGUUACGCUUUUUGACAUUUAGUUACGAUUUUCAGGUGGAAUAUUUUAUCUGAAAAUUCAGGUGGGUGUGUUUGUGUGGGUGAAGUUGGUAAACGUACCAAAUGUGCUACACACCAAAAUUGAACUUUGUGAUUUUAAUACAAGUUAUAAAUGGAUUUGUUUAUAUUUCUUUUGUGUUUGCAAAUUUGUUGCGGUGUUAUUGUUAUUUGUUGAUCUGAUAUUACAAUGCAUAUGUAAUAAACAUAUUUUUGUAUUAUUCCUUCGCAUGUUUAUGUGCAGAAAUGGAAUAAUGAAAAUAAAUGAGGAAAUAAAAAAACUUAAUGAAGUUGGGGACCAAAGCAAAAUUAAACAUACAUAAGUGGAUACCAGAAAAUAAUUAAUACAUAUUUUUUACAAAUACUGAAGUGAUCUCACUGACAAUAUUAAUAAAUAACUCUUUAUUUACAAUCACUUGAACUAUUUUUAUUAUCCUUAAAAAUAAAUGUUCAUUUUUAAAUUCAAUCCAAGUAAAGAAAAUAAGUAGAUUCUUUGUUAAUGUCACCUGAAAUUCAGAUGAUUUUUUGCGUUCAACGUCCAAAAAAUCUGAGCUUAAGUUCAGAUGGUGCGUUGAACCCGCCAAUUGCAUCCGCUUACCCAUAAUUGUUUUGAGAGAACGGAAGCAUUAUUUGUCAAGUCGUUUUUUGUUUGGACAAUUUAUGUUUCAUUUUCUUUUUCAAACUUAAAUAUUGUAUUUUAAAAUGUAUAAAAAAUGUAUAUAAAAUAAAUCAUUUUUUAUAAUUUCAAUUUCAUAUACCUACGUAUAGACCAAUUAGAUAUGGAUAUAAUAGGUCAAUGUCUAACAGCCGUUUUUUAUUAUCUCACUUGAUCCAUAUAGAUCAUUAAUUAACACGUAUUGCAACUAGGUACAUGAGAUUUUGCUUUUCAUCAGGAUCACGAAUCGUGAUCUUGCUGUUCAUUACACAGAGUCUCCACUGAGCAUACAGCUGCCCAACAACACAACCGCAAUCCAAUCCA